UUCACUGCCACGUCUCUAUUCGUAUUCUGUUCCACUUGACUUAUGUACUGCUCACUAGUACCGACUAACCCACAUCGAAAACUCACUUGUCGAUCACCCGGACUUUCCACCACCGACCGCUUUGAGCACCUGGCUGAUGAUGCGUUCCAGGGCGAGGAGGUUUUCGGGACAAAACAAGGAGUCACGGCGCUCCAAGCUCUUUGUCGGGGCGGCCUCGAUGAUCGCAUCCCGGCGACGGACUGAGCUGGCAGCGCUGGAGAAGCACUGGUCGUACAGGUCCCAGCGAUUUUCUAACCGCCGGGAGACGGGACCACGCACUGAAGAGAGAUCCGUCGGCGCCGACAUUGACGGAGAAGCCCGAGUCAAUAUCGAUGCAGCCGCUGACCUGGCCAGAUGUGUUGUUGCCCGUCACCUGAGAGCCCGAGGAGGCAUCGAAGUUUGACAGGCCAAUAAUGGCAUCGGCUUCGAGAUUGAGGUAGACCCCGGCUGAAGCAAGGCCAGAAAAGACAUCAAAACCAAUAUCCAGCUCUGGGAUCAGGCUAGCGGUGACGGUCGCGUUGGCCUCCAGGCCUGGCACGACCGAGAGUUUGAAGUCUGGGAUGACUGAGCCUCGCCACUUCAAGGAAGAUCAAUACACUUACUGCUAUUAGCCGGCGUGACACCGGGGGCAAUUUUCUGGAUACCCGGGAUGUCGUAUCCGGCGAUCGGAACAGUGAAGAGGGCGAUCUUUCCGGUCGAAAAUGUCCCCUGGUCUCACAGCGUGCCGAUGAUACUGCCGUCGAGUCCCGCAGAGACCGAGAACUGGCUAACGUUGGAGGGGAUGACUGUCCCACCGAUGUUGAGUCCCAACGUCACCGACGCGUUCACGUGGAUGCCAAACUGAGUCGACACAGAGGCGUUGAAUCCAUCGCACGCAAUCGACUCCGAAGAAAGCGGGAAUGUCUCGUCGACGAUAAUGGCCGGUCUGUGGCUUCGAACCGGGGGACGCGCUGGACUUACACCUGGGGAUUCACGGCAGCGAAAUCGACGUCUAUGCCAAUCAAAUAGACAGUGCCGAUCGUGGAUCCGGCCUGGCUCGACGAAACGUUGGCGCCUGCAGGGAUGCUCUGGUCCGGGUCCACAGUCGCAUUGACGAUGCGAGCGAAGGGCGCCGUUCCACACUGAAGUCGCAGUCAGCCAACAUCAACAUCUAACCAGGAAGAGAUGCAGCACACACCGUCUCAGGCAGCCGCACAACCGUAUCGACCGCGCCUUGACCUUCAAAGAUGUGCUCGCAGGCUUCAGACUGGCAGACGGU